UUCGGGUUCUAAUUGGAUAAAACCCGAGUCGAUCGGAUCCUUGGAAAUCAGGCGAAGAAGUCUUGCUUGCUAGAGAGACGACGAAAUUUCUCCAGGAUUUGGGAUUAGAGAGAGAGAGUGAGAAAAAUGGCGUCGGGGUGGGGGAUUACGGGAAACAAAGGGAGAUGUUACGAUUUCUGGAUGGAUUUCAGCGAAUGUAUGUCUCAUUGCAGAGAGCCCAAAGAUUGUACACUUCUUCGUGAAGACUACCUCGAGUGUCUUCACCAUUCCAAAGAGUUCCAACGAAGAAACAGGAUAUACAAAGAGGAACAACGUAAACUAAGAGCUGCUUCAAGGAAAGGCGAAGAAACUGGGGAUGGAACUCAUACUCAGCACUAGUCAGAGAAUUUUCCUCCUAUCUCCAAAGCUUGCAUCUUUAGCAGACGAGAAGAAGAAUAAAAGAGGUUCUUUGAAGAUUUCUGUAUGUUGUGCCAAACUUCAUUUGAUUGUUUUCACUUUCAGUUUGCUCUUGCAAUGGAUUUUUUCUUUUUUCUUGUCUAUUACCUUUGACUGAGUUGUAAUAUGCCUUUGGCUUGCUCAUCAAACACAGACUCCUUCUUUUAUGGUAAUAAUUACUCUUACAGGUA